AAAAGCUGCCAGACUGGGAAAAUUUCAACAGUAGAAACUGCAGCACAAUCUCAUACUAGCCAAGAUGCCAGUGUGCAGACGGAUCAAAGUAAAGAUGCUGUCCAAGACUUCCAGCAAGAAGUCCAAGUAGAUUACACUAGCCUUCUGUCAUUCCUUCAGAGAGUGGAGGAUGCUGUUAUCAAAGAGCUAAACAAAAACUGGAAAAGCCGUGCCUUUGAUGGCUUUGAGGUGAACUGGACAGAUCAGAAUGAAACAGUAUUGUGUUUGCAUACGUUGUCAUACCCAGAGGCUCAGGAUCAAAACCUACAGGUUACCAGCGUCUCAUGGAAUGCAACUGGAUCUGUUGUUGCAUGCUCGUAUGGCCGGUUGGACGGUGGGGACUGGAGCACAGAAAAAUCCUACGUUUGUACCUGGAAUCUGGACAGAAGAGGGUUGAAUCCACAGCGCCCUGACCUCGUGGUGGAGGUUCCCAGUUCUGUCAUGUCCCUGGCUUUCCACCCCUCCCAGCCUUCACUGAUAGCUGGUGGCCUUUUCAGCGGGGAGCUGGUGGUGUGGGAUACCAGCAGAACAGAAGACGCUGUGAUCUGGAGGACGGGGAUGACAGAUGACACUCACACUGAUCCAGUCUAUCAGGUUAACUGGUUACCUGAUGCCGAGCACAGCAACCGCUCACGGCUGUUGAGCGUAUCGACGGACGGGAGGAUCCUGGUGUGGAGGGAGGAGCGAGACGGUCGGCUGGCCUUGGCCGAAGGAUUCGCCGUGGUGGCUCAGCAGAUCCCUCGCAGCACUUGGCUGAAGAAGUUCGCCUGGGGGGAGGCAGCCGUGGGUGUGACCUCGCUCUCAUUUUCACACUUCGAUCCCCGCGUGUUCAUCGUCGGUGUGGAAGGUGGCUAUUCCCUGAAGUGCUCCACUGCAGCAGAGACGCUGGCUCUCCAUCGGACAGGCAGUUCUGUUCCCCUCAGGGCACCAGUGGAGCUCGCCUUCUCCCCUCACGGUGGGCCGGUGUACUCCGUCAGCUGCUCGCCCUUCCACAGGAACCUCUUUCUGAGCUGUGGGACUGAUGGACAAGUUCACUUGCACUCCAUGUUGCAGACGCAACCCCUCAUUUCUCUUCAGUUAUCAAAGAAAUACCUCUUCUGUGUACGCUGGUCUCCAGUUCGACCGCUGGUUUUCGCAGCUGCAUCGGGGGAAGGAGACGUGCACCUCUUUGACUUUGAGAAGAGCUCGCGGAAGCCCACCGUUUCCAUAAAGCAGGCCUCGGGUGAACGCCCUGUGUACUGCUUAGAAUUUAACAUUAAGCAAACUCAGCUCUUGGCAGCAGGGGAUGCUACCGGUACAGUCAAAGUCUGGCAGCUGAGUUCUGACUUCACUGAGCAGGGACCCAGGGAAAUGAAUCAUCUGGAGCAGCUGGCAAGUGAGAUCACGGACUGA